UUGCUUCCACUUGCCCCUUCUCUAGAUUCUCAGGACUGAAGUAGUCCCAAGUUUCCAAUAAAACUGUGUUUUGACAGCUCGCCAGUCAACUGUGAAGGCUCCUCAGAAUUCUUUCCACAACGACCCUUUCAUGCCAGAGAGGACUCAUCGUCGCCUGCGCCGGGCCUCCUUCUCUGGGGGCUCGAAGAUGCCACGCCGCCGCCUGUCGCCCUCCCUGCCCUCUGCUCGGCAGUCGUCGCCAUCAUCAUCAUCGACGCGCCCCGAACCGGGCAUUGAGAUGCUCAAGAGAUGGUCCACCGAGCCCGAGCUGCCCUGUCUACGGGAACAUGGGCUUCCCUAUAGCGCUAUCGGUGCAGAAGAUCCGGGCUUGAGCCAAGGAGUGCUGAUCAGGCCCCAGACCUGUACGGAUAUAUUCGGUUCCUCUCAUUCUCUGUUUGGGAUUGGGAGCUCUCCUCAGAUCAGCUGUGAGAGACCCAAGAAUGAAACGAAGGUGGUGGUCAAUGUGGCAGUCGAAGGAAGUCCUGGGCCCGUGAAGGUUAUGCUCAAACUUAGCUCCACCGUGGAGGAGACCAUAAAGCUUGUUGUCGGCAAGUACAGUGAAGAGGGCCGAUCUCCGAAGCUGGACCCCGAUUGCUCAUCGGCUUUCAAGUUGCAUCACUCCCACUUCAGCCUCCAAAGUCUGGACAAAUCCAAAGUUAUGGGGGAUCUUGGCAGCAGAAAAUUCUACUUGCGCACUUGUGGCACGGGAAAUGGGCCAUCUAGUUCUUUCAGUACAGAAGCUCAAUCUCAACCAUCGGGACCGAGCUCUCAUCCUCGACCCACCCUGGCUCCUCUGCUAUUAUUCCCAUCCUUGAUUGCUCAAAAAAUCUGUAUGUUCAUAAGAAGAACCCGCAAGUUCUGGAGAAUGUUGGUAUGCCUGUAAUCAAGAGACGGAGACCGAACUACUGCUUUGGAGUAACCGGCAUGUUUUUCGAUUUUACUCUAAACCUCCCCAGCGACAAUUAUCGACGACGGGAUUAGUGAUGUUGCAUUCUUGUAAUAUUCAUGAAUGUCAGAGGGCGACAAUAUGUAGUAUGGGACUCAAUCACAUUUCAAUGAGGAAGAGUCAACGUAAAGAUUGAUCCUAAAGAAUAAAGGGAUCCCUGUUUUGCAACA